UGUCAUCUCCUAGCUCGCUGGUAAACCAGCCAGACACUUCCGCGAGGCGCGAGCGAGCUUUCAGUCGCUGGCCAUGGACGCCGCCGUCUGCUCCCUCCUCCUGCUGGGCGGCGGCCUCACCGUCCCCACCACCAUCGGCCCCAUUACCCCGCACCUCUUCCCGACUGCUCUCCCUUGGACCACUCGCCGCCGCCGCUUCAUCCGCCUCGCCGCAGCAGGCGCGUCGUCAUCGCCGCUCCCCGCUGCUUCGACCCACCCGCGUUGCUCCAGGUGGGCGGUGUCCAUGGACGACCCCCCCGUACCCGAGGGAGGCGGCGAGGUGUCCCGCGCGGAGGCCGUCGACUACUACGUGGCUACACUGGCCAGGGUGUUGGGGAGUGAGCAGGACGCGCAGAUGUGCAUAUAUGACGCUUUAUGGGAUCGGAGCUACGAGUUCUGGUGCGAGAUUGAGGAGGAAGCGGCAAAGGAGCUUGCAAAGAUGCCUGGGGUAUUAGCUGUCAGGGCAGUUGAGGGUGAUGCAUCAGAGGAGGAUAAUCGCAGCUUGAGCCUCUCACCAGCAAACCUUGCAAGCUUGAGUGAUGAUGCUUGUAACCCUUCUUCUUCUAGGCGAAAAAAUGAAUUUUGGCUUGUCCGGAUGGAGAAGCCAGGGGUUGAAGUUGUCACAAAAGCACAAAUGGUAGACCACUAUACCCAAAUCCUCAUGAAAGUGGUGGGGAAUGACAAGGAUGCCCAAGUUAGCAUAUAUCAUGUUUCAUGGGAAAAGGAUUAUGGGUUCUGCUGUCAUAUUGACGAAGAAUGUGCAAAGGAGCUAGCUGAUGUCCCAGGAGUCUUAUCUGUUCUGCCAGAUACUAAUUUUGGAUCAGACAAUAAAGAUUACAAAGGUGAUGAUAGUUUGAAAUCCUCGGAAGCUACUCAGGUGGCUGAUGUCAAAACUAAAAGGCUCUUUGUUACAGGACUUUCAUUUUAUACAUCUGAGAAAACAUUGCGGGCAGCCUUUGAGCCUUUUGGUGAGCUGGUUGAAGUCAAGAUAAUAAUGGAUAAGAUAUCAAAAAGAUCAAAGGGGUAUGCCUUCAUAGAAUACACCACAGAAGAUGCUGGCGGUGCUGCUUUGAAAGCAAUGAAUGGAGAGAUAAUAAAUGGCUGGAUGAUAGUUGUCGAUGUUGCUAAAACCAAUUUGAGAAACCGCCAACCGCCAUCUAGUGUGUCCGGUUUUCGACCACGUUUUCCUACUAGAUGAAGAUUUCACAUACAAUAUUUUACAGCUAGAUAUUAGGGAUUAAGUGAUUAGCAGUGGGGGAAUGCCACAGUUUACUGUCGACUGUAUUUUCUUGUGCCAUGCUCUUCUGAUAGUUGAGAGAAAUGACUAUCAUUUCCCUUUAGUACUUGGUGCUACCCACAAGAUAUGUAAAUGCAGUUCAAGUGUAAAACUACCUGAAAUUUAUCAAGUUAAGAAAUUUAUCUUGUUAUGAAGCA